UGGUGACAAAGCAACCUACUUAUUUAUUCUUGGAUCAAUUUAUUCUUAAAAAAUUAAAUGGGAUCAAUGAAAUUUUCUUCAAACUUUUAUUAUGUAUAUUGCUGACACAAAAUCUUCACCUCUGAGACGUAAUAAUUAAUUUGCACCAUAGGAAACUACAAUAAAGAAACCUAAAUAAAAUUAAACAUAUAAUCUCAUAAUGACACAUCAGACACGUCGUGGUGCACCGCCACCUCAUUUAGAAUGUCCUUUAGCUUCAUUAGGUCGUAGCAGUAAUACACCGACAUCUUCUGGAUUAGAAUUAAAUCAUCAGGCCUAUCAUCAUCCGUUAAGCUCAUCACCAUUAAAUCCUCAGAUUUAUCAUCAAAUGUCUAGACAAUCUCCAAAUGAUGAUGAUGAUACCGAUGAAAUACUUUAUACAUCAACAUCAUCUUCCGGGCAAUAUCAAGAACUAAAUGGUAUUAUAAAUAAUUCAAAUUCACAGUCACAAAAUGAUUCAUCCGGUAUGGAAAUGUACACAUUAUCAAGAAGUUCAUCAGAUUCAAUAGAACCCUCACCGGCACCGUCAUCACUGUCAUCAGCAUCAUCAGCAUCUCGCACGAAAAAUGGACACUGUACAACAACACAAAAUAAACAGCAACAAUUUCAAAAGAUGAACAACAAUAACUGCCAAUUAAGAAGAACUGUUUUAAUUGAACCAAUUAGACGUAAUAGGCCAUUUCCUCCUCCUAGGCAACAUUUAACACCAUCUAUAGAAACAAUUUUACCAUCAUCACGACUUAAAAACACUGAUCAAAGAAUCUGCAAUCCUAAUAGUUACAUAAAUGAUGACCACGAUUCAACUGAUGAUUGUAAUAAUAAUAGUAGUAGUAAAAGUCCAAGCAUAAAUGGUGUUAAUAGUAUCAAUAGUGGUGUUGGUAGUAGCAGUGGUGGACACAAUGGCAGUAUUGAAGAUAGUAAUAAUACAAAUGGUGAUAUGAAUGUAAAUUCUAGUAAUUGCAAUAAUAAUAGAAAAAAUUUGUCGUUAGCAAAUAAUACACAACCAUAUUCAAAUAUAAUUAAUCAUCAAAGAGCUGCAGAAAAAUUAGGUUGUAAUGGUGUAGAGAAUAGUAAUGAUAAUGGUCAUGAUUUGCAACAAUAUUAUUUAGAACAAAAAAUGGAUGUACUUUACUUGCACGGUGCCAUCAGAGGAUUACCAAUAGGAUCAGAUAUAAAUCAUUUUAAGAGUGAACAAUAUUUUUUAGAUGAAAGCAGUUUGAGUAAAUUUUGUGACUACAAUAAUGAAAGGAAUGGAUGUGAUCGAUUAGAAAAUAUAAUUGAUAGUGAAACAAGUAGCUCAGAACGUUUUCUAAUUGAUCGUUCAAGAGGUUCACCAGCAUUUAUUAACUCACAUCCUCAUCACACGCCAUCUUAUACAAACAACAGUCAUCAAUCCAAUUCAAAUAUCAGCUUUAAUGAACAUUCGCCAUUAAAAAAUUCUUCAUCAUCAAAUCAAUUGCCAUCUCCCAGUUUCAAUACACAUCAAACAAAAAUAAAAAAUUUCUCUGAUGGCUUAACAAAUAUUGGAAGAUUUUCACCUAGCUUAGAUCAAGGAUAUGCGACAUUAGUAUCACCAUCACCAACAGCAUCUGCUCAUCAAAUACCAGGACCAUGGACAAAAAAAAUUAUGACGCGAUGUAACAAUAGUAAUAUAGGUUUUGAUCGUCUAUCAGACGACAUUAUAAUGAAAAUAUUUAGUUGGUUUGAUAAUUGCGAACUAUGUAAGGUAGCCCAAGUUUGCCGCCGCUUUGAAAAUUUAGCAUGGCGGCCACCAUUAUGGAAAUUUAUAAUUAUAAAAGGGGAACAUAUAUCUGGAGAUCGAGCUUUAAAAAUGAUAUUUCGUAGAUUAUGCGGACAAACCAGAAAUGGUGCAUGUCCUGAUGUACAAAGAGUUAUGCUAAGUGAAGGAUGUCGUAUAUCAGAUAAAGGAUUACAAUUAUUAACAAGAAGGUGUCCAGAAUUGACGCAUCUUCAAUUACAAUCAUGUACAAUUUCAAAUCAGGCCCUCUCUGAUGUACUGACGAAAUGUACAAAUUUACAACAUUUGGAUGUUACAGGUUGUACUUCAGUUGCUAGUAUUGGAAUGAAUUCAAAUUUAGAACCCCCUAGAAGAUUGCUAUUACAAUAUUUAGAUUUAACUGAUUGUACGUCAAUUGACGAUAUUGGAUUAAAAAUUGUAGUGAGAAAUUGUCCUCAGUUAGUUUUCUUAUACUUAAGACGAUGUCUUCAAAUAACAGAUUCAGGACUAAAAUUUGUACCAAGUUUUUGUAUAGCUUUAAAAGAACUUAGUGUGAGUGAUUGUAUAAAUAUUACAGAUUUUGGUUUAUAUGAAUUAGCCAAAUUAGGUGCAGUUCUACGUUAUCUAUCUGUUGCAAAAUGUGAUCGAGUUUCUGAUGCUGGUUUAAAAGUUAUUGCAAGACGCUGUUAUAAAUUACGAUAUUUAAAUUGUCGUGGCUUAGAAGCUGUUAGUGAUGAUUCAAUAACAUUUUUAGCACGAUCAUGUCCACGUUUGAGAGCAUUAGAUAUUGGUAAAUGUGAUGUUAGUGAUGCUGGUUUAAGAGCUAUAGCUGAGAGCUGCCCAAAUUUAAAAAAAUUAAGUUUGCGAAAUUGUGAUAUGAUAACUGAUAGAGGCAUACAAUGUAUUGCAUAUUAUUGUAGAGGAUUACAACAGCUUAAUAUACAAGAUUGUCAAAUUUCGAUUGAAGGUUAUAGAGCAGUUAAAAAAUAUUGUAAACGUUGCAUAAUUGAACAUACAAAUCCAGGUUUCUAUUAGCUUUUAAAACAAAAAAUCAUUGUAUGAAUUUAAAAAAAGAAAAAUUUUUAAAUUGUUACUAACAACCAAGUUUUUGUUAAGAAAAUUACAAAUAUUUUUUGAUUUUGCAUGAGUGAUAUAAAAAAAUUUUUGUUAAACAUUAGAACAUUGCAUUAAAGUUUCACAGAAACAACAGUUAUAAAUUUACUACAGUAAUAAAAUACAUAACUGAGCCUAUAUUAAUUAUAAAACUUAUUAUUUUAACAACGCAUGUUAUUCGAAUACAAAAAUUAGUUUGGUCAUCAAUUUUUUACUCUUAUCAUUAAAGAUUAAAAAUUCAGAAUUCAGGUAAAAGACAAUCAAACUGGUACUCAUGUAAAAGGCAAUCAAAUUGUAAAUUGUUUUACAAAUUAAAAAAAAAAAUAAUUUUAAAAAAUUCUUUUUAUGUAUUUGUUAAAUAGUUUUAAAAGAAACCGAGUAAUGAACGGGCUUUGUAAUAUUUUUAGCAGAUUUGCUAUAGAUAUACAUAAUGUGAGAAAUACUGUUUAGAAAAUCUAAUUUUUCUAUUUAAUUAAGCACAAUCAAACCUUCAUUUUAUUACAUAUUUCUUGUUUUUAUCCCACCUUAACUAUCUUAAGUUAUGCGUCUAACAGAAUACGGGGGUUGUCUUUUAUUGGAAACAUUCUUUUUUUAUCUACUUGCCAGCCCCAUUUCCCGAACCACAUGUGUGGGUUUUUGAUUUUCAAUUUAUAAUUACAUAUGUAUGUAUUUCUAAUUUUAACUUUUUCAAAGUUAAAAAACAAAUUUGACAACAUUCAGUUCGUUUUCCAAUAAAUGUAAUCAAAAUAUGUAUGUAAAUAUUAUUAGUAAAUUUUCGCAAAUAACAUUUACGAAAAUUUUUCCUACAAUACUGCACACAUAGCCAUAUCUAACCCUUGAAAAUUUCAAAAACGAAACAUGUAUGUACUAAAAAUUAUACUAUGUAUCGUGUUCAUCUUCGCAAAAAAAUAAAUGGCAAAAAAUUUUAAUAUACAUAAUUGAAAAAUUUCGCAUUAUACAAAAAAUUUUAAAUGCAUUCUUCAAUAGUCUUUAAUCUAAAAUAUUAAAAUUAUUAUUGUAAAACAGAAUAUUUUCCCAGUAACAAUGUAAAUAUAAUA